CCGCCGCGGGAGGAGCGGAGGCUUCGGGGAGCGCUUCCUUCCCACCGCCCGCACCGCCGUGCGCGGCAGCCCCAGCAUGGAAGCCAUCGCCAAGUACGACUUCAAAGCCACCGCGGAUGACGAGCUGAGCUUCAAACGGGGGGAUAUCCUUAAGGUUUUGAAUGAAGAAUGCGAUCAGAAUUGGUACAAGGCAGAACUCAAUGGAAAAGACGGCUUCAUUCCGAAGAACUACAUAGAAAUGAAACCACAUCCGUGGUUUUUUGGAAAGAUUCCCCGAGCAAAGGCUGAAGAGAUGUUAGGCAAACAGAGACACGAUGGUGCCUUCCUCAUCAGGGAGAGUGAGAGUGCUCCUGGGGACUUCUCCCUCUCAGUCAAGUUUGGAAAUGAUGUGCAGCACUUCAAAGUGCUUAGAGAUGGGGCUGGCAAGUAUUUCCUCUGGGUGGUGAAGUUCAAUUCUUUGAACGAGCUGGUAGAUUAUCACAGAUCCACUUCUGUCUCCAGGAACCAGCAAAUAUUUCUCCGGGACAUUGAACAGGUGCCACAGCAACCAACAUACGUUCAGGCCCUGUUUGAUUUUGAUCCCCAGGAGGAAGGAGAGCUGGGCUUCCGUCGCGGAGACUUUAUCCAAGUCCUUGACAAUUCUGACCCCAACUGGUGGAAGGGAGCCUGCCACGGACAGACGGGCAUGUUUCCACGCAACUAUGUGACCCCAGUGAACCGGAACAUCUAGAGAUAAAUAUUAGAAAUUAUUUAAAGAAGCCAGAGAACCAGUAAAUACACAUGCAGAACCUAACUGCAGCCAGUGACCUAAAAUCACAUGGCGAUAAAACCUGAGUCACCUUUCACCAUGAGGUGAUCCUCCUUCACUCAGUACGGAACUUCAGGGGUGGUGGGGGGGAAAGAGGUCCAUUUUUGCAAAAAGAAAACUAAACUGACCCCCUCUUUAAAAAAGAAAAAAAAAAAGAGAGAAAAAUG